CCACAUCAUUCCCAUCUUGGGUCUAUAACUGGUAACUGGGAGCAGCGGCACAACACCUUUCUGUGGAUUAUCUAGAUACUUUUUUUUAAACCUGAUUCAAAAGCCAAAACCGUGAAAUAAUGAAACUCUUUAUAUGCUGCGCCGUAUUGCUUUUGGUUUCGUCUACAUUAGCUGGAUCAAAGGACCAUGACUCACAAGCUGCUGUGAAGAACAAACGAGAAUUACCACCUGGACCAUAUUCUGGUGGAGUAUCGCAUAAAUAUUUGCCACCGUCUAUUGGCAGCGGAGGUGGUGGAUACUCGGGUGGUUCAAGUUUUGACUUUGGCCAUGGUGGAGGCGGUUACAGUGGUGGAGGUGGUUCGGAUAUCGGUCAUGGCAAUGUUGAAACAUACAUUAUUCAGACCUCUGGUGCAGGAAAAGGACCUUCAUUCGGAGGCGGAUCCUUUGGAGGAUCUUCAUUAGGAGGAGGCGGUGGAGCAAGUGGCUAUAAAUAUCCAAAUGCUGGUCUCGGAGUCACUUUGGGUCACAAAGUCGUCAUUCCGUCACAGUCGUAUGGAUCCCCAAGUCUCUCCUUUGGCGGUGGUAGUGGUGGCUCGUACAGCGGUGGACAUGGUGGAGCCAGUUACUCCGGAGGUCAUUCACCUUCAGUAACUUAUGGAACUCCAGCAGUCAGCUACGGUGCACCAUCAAUUGGUUACUCUGGUGGGCUAGGCAGUGGUUCAUCACACUACCACGGCAGUAGUGGUGUGUCUUUCGGAGGGUCAUCAUCUUCUCAUGGCAGCAAUAGCUUGUCUUUCGGUGGAUCAUCAUCUUCUCACGGCGGAAGUGGUUUCUCCUUUGGUGGGCCAUCUUCCCAUGGCAGUUCAUCCCUCGGUGGUGGAAGUUACUACACACCAAAACACACCUCAGUUCCAUCUUCAUCAUAUGGUGCACCAGUGCUAUCAUCUUACACUCCCAAGUAUUCAUCAGGCAGUUCAUUUGGUUUGAUCGGAGGUGGAUCAAGCAGUCCAAAUUACGCAAUCGGACAGAAGGGUCUUGGUCAUUUCUCUUACUCUUCCAGCAAACCAGCCGCCCUUAACACUGACUUUGUUUCGUCAUCCAGUUUUAGUGGAGGAUUCGGUGGAGGUCAUGGCAAGGCCCCAUUCAAACCAUCAGCUUUUCUAGGUUCCAGCCAAGAUAGUGGUGCGUCAUACCCCAGCAACCAAUACCUUCCACCAUCGCAAGAAUACCUUCCCGCAUCCCAUAGUUUUGCAGGCUCUUCAAGCUCAUCCAGUGGAAACUUCGGUGGUAGCAGCUCAAGUUACCAAGUUCCAUCAACAGUCUAUGGUGCACCUAGUGGCAGUGGAGGCUCCCAGAGCAUCUACGAACAAGCUGCACCCAUUCACGAGUCUUCAUCAUACUCCGGCUCAGAUGACAGCAACUACGUGACUCCAGAACAAUCUUAUGGAGUUCCAUCAGCUCCUGGCAAGAGUUACUUGCCACCCAGUACAAGUUACGGCGCACCUAGCACCAGCUAUGGAACGCCCAGCCAUCACUAAUCAAAACUAUUAGUUUCUAGAUAGAAUCUCAUGAAAUCAUUAUUGUAUAUUUUUUUCUAUUCAUAAGUUGUUCGCUGUAUUUAUUUUUAUAAAUAAAAUAACAAAAUAAUAAUAAAUAA